AUGAGUCCGGAUGACUUAGAUAGGGAACUUUUUAAAAACGGUCUCGGAAUAUAUGAAAUGCCAGCAGAUGAGGUACAAGAAACUCAACAGGAAGAAGUUCAGAUACAACCAGACAUGGAAGAAAUAGUUCAGCAACAACAGCUAGAAGAGCCUGAAGGAAACGAACAAGUCCCUCCUUUGGAAACUAACUUCACAGAACUAGAUGAAGAUUUGGAACAGCCGAAAAAUCUUGACCCUCAACAAGAGUAUGCGGAGAAUAUGGAAUCUUUCCAAGAGUCUAAGAAAAAUUCAGCUGACAUAGUAGAAGAAUAUCGAAAAAUGUUCGCCGACAUACAAAAGACUCCAACAUCAGAUGAAAAUAUUCAGCAUAGAAUGGAAGUACUGAAAGAAAAUGUACGCAAAUACAACAAUCCUUUUUACUUACGACCAUAUAACGUUCAAUCUUUGGCUGAACUCGGUGAAAAUAAAAGGUUAAAUUUCAACAAAACAUAUAGAAAUGAAACAUUGUUUAAAGUUCAUUCAGAACCUAACCAAUAUGGAAACAAACCUACUUUUGUUUCUGCAGACUAUGGAACUACAAUGAGAUGGGGUCAUAAAGCUAAUCCGGAUAGGUGGUUCAUAAACUUACAACCACAAUUCCAAGAAGUUGUAGACGCAAUGGAAGUGAAUGGUGAACCAGAUAUAGCUGGUAUUUUCAGCGCGGCUUUAAUGCCAUUGAAAGAUAUGAAACAUGCAGAUAUUUUGGACCAGUAUGAAAUGAACAUGGCUGAAGGAAAUAUAACACCUGACGUUCUAGAACAUUUAUCUCAAAGAACUACACAGAACCAUAAAGAUGGUAUAUUUGGUGAAGAGUUUAGAAAGAAAGUUAGGGAGAUAGAAGGAAGAGAACCUAUUGUACAUGACCUUGCAAACGAAAGUUUACAAAAUGUCAUAAAAACUUACUUUGCAGACAAUGAACCGAGAAGGGAUGAAUAUUUAAGAAAACUCAAAUGGACAGUACCAAAUGAAAUGUUAGUAUUGAAAAACAUGUUCCUUGACAAAAUAAAACCAACUACAGAAAUAAAUGACGCAAGACUGAAACAUUGGGUAAAAGCUUUCCCAUUCACAAAAGAUAUUAUUGGUAACAUGGAAAGAAAACCAGAAUGGCUACAAAAACAUAUAUUUGGAAACGAGCUUAUUCCAUAUGGACAAGCUCUGUUUGAAGAGCUUGAACCGGAAACUCAGGAAAGAGUCAUGCAAACAAUAAGCGACGACUCAAAUACAAACUAUGACAAAAUCUUUCUAGGAUAUAGGUUACCUGAGAUGGGCGACCAGAGCCCAAAGGCAAAAAGGACAUGGGAAAUUUACAACAUACUAGGUGAACAUGAGGCAAAGAUGCAACAACUUGAAGCAGAGGGCAAGUUACCAAAAGCGACACCAAAGAAGAAGAGUAGAACAAAGUGA